CUGGGGAGGACGGAGCCUAUAGAACUCUCGAGAAAGGCUUCGUAAUUUAACAGCUCUUCGGUCUCCCCAUCUCCAACCCGCCGCUGCCGCCGCACCUACAAGUGAAGGAUAUACUGUAAUUUAACUGUACAGAAAAAGUAAUGUUACAGUAAAAACUUUUCAAAAUACGGUGUCUAGGACUGUUAAAGUGGCAGCCAGUAUGAACGUCAGCGCGGAGUCUUUCACCUCCAACCCAUUUCACAUCUGUAACAUCUGUCAGAAGGUGAUAAGGAAAAAGGAGAAAGGAGUCAGGGUGCCGCGACCCUUCUCCAGUGGACCCAGUGCCUUCAUUCCAGAAGAGGAGAUUGUGGAGGCGUCCCAGGUGGACCCCCAAACAGAGCAGAUCCUGGCUGAGGCCUACUCUCUGUCGGGCCACGUGGACCAUCUGACCCAGGUGAUGGGACUGCACCCCCACUACCUGGAGUCCUUCCUGCGUAGCCAGUUCUACCUGCUGAGGAUGGACGGCCCCCUGCCUCUCCACUGCCGACACUACAUUGCCAUCAUGGCUGCAGCGCGUCACCAGUGUUCCUUCCUGGUGUCUCUGCAUGUGCGUGAGUUCUACAGGAUGGGGAUGUGUCUAGACUGGCUGAAGGGUCUACAGUACGCCCCUCAGAGACUGAGGAACCUCAACGAGAUCAACAAGAUCCUAGCACACAGGCCCUGGCUCAUCACCAAAGAGCACAUUCAGAACUUGGUGAAGACAGGGGAGCACAGUUGGUCUUUGGCAGAGCUGGUCCAUUCUGUGGUCAUAUUGGCCCAUUUCCAUUCCCUGGCCAGCUUUGUGUUUGGCAGUGGUAUCAACCCCCAGGUGGAUCCACAGAAUGCCAAUGGCUUCCAGUCCGUUUACAUCAGUGACUACUGUACAUGUGACUUGGCCAGCGACCAUCACCUGGACCGAGACCUCAGCAGCACCAGCCUCGUGACCACAGACUCGGUCAGUGAGUUAGAGGCACUUAUGGACAGAAUGAAGAGGCUGCAGGAGGACAGAGAGGAGGAUGAGGCCUCGCAGGAAGAGAUGGCCACACGCUUCGAGAAAGAGAAGAAAGAGAGCCUCCUGGUGGGCUCUGGGGAUAUGAAGGAUGAGGUGAUGCCCACAUCCAAAGUGUCUCGGUUUGUAGAGGAUGCCACCUUUGGGUACCAGCACUUUGCUCGACAUGGAGAGGACAACCCACCAACAUUUAGAGCACAGGACUACUCGUGGGAGGACCAUGGUUUCUCUCUGGUCAACAGGCUGUACUCAGACAUCGGGCUGCUGCUGGAUGACAAGUUCCGGACAGCGUGUGACCUGACCUACUACAACAUGGCCAGUCACGAGGACGUAGACACCACCAUGCUCCGACGUGCACUCUUCAACUACGUGCACUGCAUGUAUGGCAUCAGGUAUGAUGACUAUGACUAUGGGGAGGUGAAUCAGCUAUUGGAACGCAGUCUGAAGGUCUAUAUAAAGACGGUAACAUGUUAUCCAGAGAGGACCACUCGCCGCAUGUACGACAGCUACUGGUGCCAGUUCCGCCACUCCGAGAAGGUCCAUGUGAACCUACUCCUAAUGGAGGCCAGGAUGCAGGCAGAACUGCUAUACACCCUGCGCGCCAUCACACGUUACAUGACCUGACCGACCACAGCGGGUUGUCUUUCUCCAACUGACCAAUAGAAAACCCCAGCCCUCUACAGUCCUCAUCACCCCACCUCCCCCAACACCACCACCGGCCUUCCCCUUUCCACAGCCCCAGGAACGAGGCCUCUUGGAACCAGAAAAUUGUCUCUCUACCAGGCACAUGACUCUAAAACUGGCCUCCUACUGUGUGGUUGGGUGGGGACUUUGAGGUCUUUUUAGCUUAAUGCCCUUGUAAAGAGGAAGUUUGUGAAGAUUAAGGAAAUCCUAUUGUGAGUGUAUGCAAGUGAAAACGGGUGCACAUGACUGACUAUUAUCAUCCUCCUUUGCCAAAAUGAUAAUGGCAGUUUGGCUUCAGUGACAUGCAGUGAAGGGGUUGGAGUUCAUGACUAACUUUUGGAAAUUGUUUAUCCAAGCAACCUCACAAAGUACUGAAAUCCAGCUCUAAGGAGGAUAAUGAAUAGCCAGUAACAGUGUUACACAAGAAUAUACCUCUGAAUGUAAUGCCUUGAUUUGAGACAGAGCCACCAAUAUCAGAAACAAGAUUAGAAGGUUAUCUGAUUGACAGAGCAAGCCCUUUUGUGGCACUCAGAUACUUUAACAAGUGCAAUAUGGUCUUCAUUCUUCUUACCUUUUUUUAUUUUUUGCAACUUAAAAGGCUGUGACAGAAUACUUAUGCUUUUCAGUAUAUUUAGACCUUUGUCAAUAAAUUUGUCUAAUUAAAAUAUUUAUUGAGAAUUAUUUCUCUGCAAUAUUUGUCCUAAUAGAGAUUGUAUCACAGCGGGGAGUGCACAAGCAACAUUAUCAGCAAUUGUAUGAUUUUUUUAUUGAGGUAUUGCUUUCCCUCUCUCAUCCUGUUUGUGACAUAUUUCUGUGCCAAAUGUUUCUAAAAGGAUCUGUAAGACAUUCAUAUUGCCUACUUGUCUAUAUUUCUAUUUCAAAGAUGCAGUGUACAGUACAGAUGUUAGAUCCAUGAGGCAUUUAAAAUUAAAAUAAAUGUAUAUUCCAUUAGGAAGUACAGUACAUUUCAGAACUGAGAUAAGCUACAGUAGUGCUGGGAAUGUGCUCUUUGUUUUUGUUUUGUUUUGAAGAAUCACCAAGUGCAAAUGCCUAACCCUAAAAUUUGCACUGUUAAUUAACUUUGAGUCUCACCAGCAUUUAUUUGAUGCUUAUUUCUUCAUCAGUGUACGGUUGGAAAAGUCAUGGUGCUUUUGUGAAUGAUUGUUGCUCUUUGCACAUCUGUAUCUGCACGUUGGAACGUUGGUAAUUCCCAGUUGGAAAUAUGCAAGAAAUGUUUGUAUUUCCUUAAAUCCUCUCUCCCUUCUCUCUAAUCUUUCUCAAAUAUUAAGACAUUGCAUUGUAUGUCUCACAUGCGAAAUGUGUUAAAUAUUAGCACCCCUCCCCCCAUUUGUGUGAAGGUUUAGAUCAUUUAGAUGUAUUGAUCAAAUUAUUUAAAUAUAUCUCUGUGAACUCAGAUGCCAUUCACCAAAGUACUAUUUACUGUUUGCCAACCUACCUUAUAUUUUAUAGUGUUUUAAUUGGGGGGAUAAACAACUUGUAUUAACAAGAACAAUUAGGUAAUGUAUCAUUCGAAUUAUAACCGAUGAAGAUGGACGCUGAGUUGUCUAAACUUUACAAAAUUAUAAUCUACUGGUCUGAAAUUUAAA